AUGGAGGGACCUCCGCUGGUGACUCGUCACUCGCUUGAUGAUGAAGAUGUACACGGUCUGGGGUACGGUGUUGGUGAUGCUAGCAAUGGACCGUUUUCCACGACUCUUUUGGAACCAAAUGUACAUGACGUGAUGAGCAUGGAGCUCGCUCAUCACGAAAUGGGCGGCUAUUUGGAUCCACGGAGUUUUGGUGGAGGAUCAUUGGGAUUCGAUGAUUAUAACGGCUCAUCGUCCUUGUAUGAUGUGAAUAGCGCAUUUGGAGAUGACAUGUCCAGUGAUCAGAAAAGUUUAUUCGGCAAUGACGCUGUUCCUUUCGCACAAUUUCCACCAUGAAGUCCCACGGCACUCCCAGUCGACGAACAGCGUCUCGUAGCGCACAGAAAAAAGAAGCGAUCGAUCCGAAGAGGGUAGAAGACGAAGUAGCCAGAAAUGUGUCGCAAAUUUUAUCGGCCACAAAACAGCAACGUCUCGCAAUGGAAGCUCAACAGCGCAGCGGUGCUGUUGCGCCACAACCUCCUCGAAUCGCUUACGCUUGUCCUGACUGUCACAAAACUGUAACUAGUACUAGAAACUUGCAGCGUCAUCGUCAAACUUGUCCUGCUAGAAUGGGUAACGGCGUUACUCCACUGGGAAUGCCUUCAUCCACAGCAUCCACAUCUUCCGUUGCAAUAUGCCCAUCAUCUACCUCGGUGAUGAUAUCACCAACAUCGUCGUAUUCUAACCUUUCUUAUUCUAACUACAACCUCUCUACUGAUGAUCAACAGUACGCGGACUGGUCUCGCAGCAAUAGUUAUUCCGCCCCGCAAUCUGUAUCUAGUCAACACGAGCGUUGUUUGAACGAGCCAGCUGAUCAACUGGGUACACUGGAUCCUAAUAGCAUCUCAUGUCGCCUCGAGGAUGCUUGCUUGCAUCCCCUAUCUCUGGACCUCGAUGAACCCCGAGCUCUUUCUAGUAGCGGUUCGACAAGUUCUGCCUCCACGGGAACUCAUUCCUCUGGUACUAUAUUUAUAUGUGAGUCAUGCAAGAAAUCAGUCUCUUCAUUGCGUAGUUUGAAACGUCAUCACACUACGUGCAAACAAUACAUUGCCGAGAAUGGCCCUCCACUCGACAGCGACCGGUCAUCAACAAAGCAGAGCAACAAUGCUGCAGCACCAAGCGGUAGUAAUUUGCUGACUGUGGCCGGAAUGAAUUCUUCUGUUUCUCCUGGCGUUAUGAGAUCCACUUUGUGCUCGGUACCCUCAUCAUCAUCACGUGUCACCGCCGUAGUCACUGUGAUAGCUGCUGAACGUGGUGAUACCAGUUAUCAGUUUGAUCCAUGUUCGAAUGCCCCUCCUCAGUUGCCGCUCGUUACAUCGUCAUCGUGCCGUUGUUCGUCACUAUCCGACUGCAUCUGCACGCCGUCAACUUCACCUCAGCAGUCUCUGUCGUGCGCUCCGAAGCUGGCUGCAAACAACAACACAUGCGAAGAUUGUAACCGGCAGUUGUGUUCGGCGAGCAAUUUAAAACGUCAUCGCGCCACAUGCAAGAUUGUCAUGCAAAAGCAAAAUUCCAAAAAUGGUGGAGUUGUUUCUCCAGUGUCUAAGCCAGUUCAGCAACAGAAAUGGCAACCAGUAGAGAUAGCUGCACGAGAGAGAAUGAUCAUUGACCGAUCGUACGCAGCUGCUUUGGCAGCUAGUCAGGAAGCACACCAACAUGUUUCUCAGCAGCAGCCGCAGAGGAUCUCUCGAACAACGUCAGAUAAUUCUGGGACUUUCGUCAUUGUACAGGAUCAGGGUAUUGUAGGAGAAAGGCCAUGGAUAACUGUUGGUGAACAUUUGCGUGCGCAACAUAUGCAGCAAAAGGUGCUAGAAGCGCAAAAUCAGCAAAACCAAAACGCAAUGGCAGCAGCAGCGCCACCGGCAGUGGAGAAGUUCGAGAAGGAGGAUGCUAAUAAAAGUGUCAAUAAUAACAACAACGAAACGCCAUGCGAUGAACAACAGACUGAGGAGCCCGAAGGUGCAAGCGAAGAAAAGCGUACUACGCAGGAGCCCCCACAAAUGGUAGAGCGAAAGUCGUCUACAACCUUGUACAAAUGCACAAACGUUAUUUCCCGUCUCCCAAUGAACGCACAGCCCGCAACAGUUAUGCGCUGCUCAUCGACCGUCGAGCAGAAGCCGAUUUAUGACGUCAAGUCAGGCGCAGGAUCGCAAUCUGUCCAGUGCUCAUCUGCGCCUAUCACUCCGCUUGAGAGCAUAAUAACAACACAGCCAUUGCCGAGUGAACGCCUCAACUCAUUCGGAACGUGUCGCGACGUUAAUGAGCGUCGCAGUUCGGAUGCUAUUCAGACAAGUGUUCCAUCGUUAGGCCCCGGGAGCAUAUUAACGUCUAGUCGCCAAUCGGCGCCGCUCACUUCGGAGUUUCAGUGUCCAGAAUGUAUGAAAACUUAUUCAUGUCGCAAGAACGUAAAGCGUCAUCGCAUGGCAGUACACAAAUUAUCAGCUGAAGAAGUUUCACGACCAAUGAGCGCUGCACAAUCGGUGGGCAGUAUGGGUGACUCACCACCUCUUCCAUCUCUGGGACAACAAGUCACGAACCGCAUGCCAAUGGCGAGAAGUGACUACAAAUCUGACGGGCAUAUGCUAGGAUCUCCCCAGCAGAUUGUUCAACAGCCAGGAUAUCAGGAUAGGGUCAAUAACCCAUGGAUGAGUCCUCAGCAAAUGCAAAACUCACACAUGGAAAGCGGCUGGUCUAGAACUAGAGAGUAUGUGGAUGAUGAGGAGAGUGCCGAAACUGCGAGGAUUGCAGCUGAAUUGAAAAGAAGUGCUGAACAGGAGAUGGCUGAGAUUGAAGGAAAAAAACCUCGUACUGAAUUAGCUGAAGCUGACACAACGUUCCAUGAGGAAAGUGAGCCAAGCUCUUCACACAUACAUGACUCUGCUAGAAUGCAGUCUUUGACGUCUUCUGUUCCUGGACAGUUCCAUCCAAAUUCGGCUCCUAAUCCUCAAAUGAAUUCCUGGAUGGACCAGAAAUCAGCGCCAAUGGAAGUUCCGCAUGUCGCUAGAUCGGCUCCUCAACCAAGCCUGCCUACAACUCGUGUAAAUAAGAGACCUCCCCAUGUUUGUGUGGAUUGUAAUCGUGUUCUGUCUUCCGAUUACUCUUUACGGCGUCAUCGGCUCACUUGCGUUGAGGCUCGUGCAAACAGUGCCAAUCAUUCUGCACCUGCAUCGGGGAAUUCCAACACUAAUACAACUUCUCUUAGCGAGGAACCUUUACAUCUCCAAGAUGUUAUGCUUGGCAGUGCGUGUAUUGGAAAUGACCGAAACUCGGAUUCGAUGGGGAUGUCGGACCCGAUGUUGAGCCACGUUGCACUUUCCACUCCUUUGCACCAGCAGGGUAUGCAAUUCAGUCGCACGUCGUCGUUGAGCGGAUCAGGUUCAGGAUCUGCCGUUGAUGAAUGGUACGAGCGUCAUUCUCUGCGGAAAACAGAUGAUGUUCCAGACUCGACCACCAGUCAGAGGCUCGAUCGUUCGACAUCUCCAGGAAUUUUAGCCACUCCACCGGAGAACUCACAACCCGGUUGUCUCCAAUAUACUCGAAAACGCGCUAAUUCCGGUGAAGUAAAUUUGCAGAGCGGCCACACAUCCCGUUCCCAACAACACAAACAUCUUUGUCAGAACGCUUACCCAAUAGUGGAUCACGGUUUUCAGUCAUGUGGAAAGUUUUACUCGUCUGAAUGGAAUCUGGAAAGGCAUCGUCGCGAAUCGUGCCCUGUAAAAGGAAAAGGAGCUUCUCCAGCCAGAGAACCACCUGAGCCCGCUGUUAAUGACGAGACAAGCGUACAAGUUGGCCAUACUCUGUUCCUACUAUCAAGAUCGGCCCUAUCUCGUGCUUCAGCCUAUUUCGCUCAACUAUUCGCUAUGCAUGAUCCAUCAAAAGGAGAAUUGAGACUGGAACUUGAUCCAAUGCAUUUCCAGUCGCUGUUGGAUGUGUACAACAAUCCUAACAAUCUAAAUCAGUACAACAUCGAUGCUGUGGUGGUAUUGGCUAAUCGGCUCAAAUUCAGCACUGUUUUUGACAGUUGUGAAAGAUACAUCGCUGAGCAGCUGCCUCAAAUCUCGGUAAUGCACGCUAUACGCUUAGCUGAGCAGCUCAAGCUUUCGUCCAUCAAGCAGCGUCUUUUCGAUACAAUUUCGAUUGAUGUUUUCAGAUCACUCGCCUCUGAUGAGCAGUACAAGAAGAUGGAUGCGGAGCUGAAGGCUGAACUUCUCGAAAAAUGGGGAACGUUCCUUUAA